GAUCGCUUCACCCCGGAAGUGGGUUGAAGGCCGUUGAGCCCGUGUCGUUUCCCUAGCUCGGCGAGGUCGCUGGGGUGCUGCUGCCGACAUGGCCGACCCCGACUCCCGCUACCCCUGCUCCUCCAUCGAGGACGAUUUCAACUAUGGCAGCUGCGUGGCCUCCGCCAGUGUGCACAUCCGACUGGCCUUUCUAAGAAAAGUCUACAGCAUCCUUUCUCUGCAAGUUCUCUUAACUACAGUGACAGCUUCUUUUUUUUUAUACUUUGAGUCUAUACGGACAUUUGUCCAUGAAAGUCCUGCCUUAAUUUUGAUGUUUGCCCUUGGAUCUUUGGGUUUGGUUUUAGCAUUGACUGUAAACAGACAUAAGCAUCCCCUUAACCUGUACCUGCUUUUUGGAUUUACACUAUUCGAAGCUCUGACUGUGGCCUUUGUUGUUACUUUCUAUGAUGUGUAUAUUAUUCUCCAAGCAUUUAUACUGACUACUGCUGUAUUUCUUGGUUUGACUGUAUAUACUCUACAGUCUAAGAGAGAUUUCAGUAAAUUUGGAGCAGGGCUGUUUGCUGUUUUGUGGAUUUUGUGCUUGUCAGGAAUCCUGAAGUUAUUUUUCUAUAGUCAAACAAUGGAGUUGAUCUUGGCUGCUGUGGGAGCCCUGCUUUUCUGUGGAUUCAUCAUCUAUGACACACACUCAUUGAUGCAUAAGCUGUCACCUGAAGAGUAUGUAUUAGCUGCCAUCAGCCUCUACUUGGAUGUCAUCAACCUAUUCCUGCACCUGUUGCACUUUUUGGAAGCAGUUAAUAAAAAGUGAUUGAAAGCAGUAUAUGAAAACUGAUUGAUUAAGUAAUAAAGUUUGAGAUAUAAUUAACUAUUAAAUACUUUUGUGACUUUCUUCGUAUGGUAUGUACUUCUGAGCUAUUAUAUAGUAUACUAGUAAUAUCUGUAUUACUAUUGUAUAAAAGUGAUUAUAAUAAUAAUUCUGAUUAUAUGUAAUAUAUAUUAUAUUAAAUAUGUGAUAUAAUUAACUAGAUUAUAUACUAAUAAUAUAAAUCUUACUAUUCUUUAUGGUAUCUCAUUUCUAAAUCCUUGAUUUAGAAUCUCAGGAGUUAUCAAAAUUCUGUUUUUCAGUUUUUUCAAUCCUCAAUUUGCCAUGUGUAGAUUGUUCAUCUGCAAUUCAAAAAUAAUUUCAUGAGUAGAUUAGACGGUCAGUUUAUCUGUGACUAGUGAUUUUAUCUAAAUUUUUCCUUUAAAGUACUUGUGUCCUUAUCAUUAUAAAGUAUAAAUUUCCUUCUACUAGAAGAUUUUGAUCUUAUUUAUCAUUUAGAAAGGAAAAAGUGUAAAAGGUAAAUUCCAUCGAAUUAUUCAGCAUUAUAUUAAAAUGUUAAUAAUAUUUCAUUAUACAAUGAUGAAUUAAAAAUGAGAUGUCUUCUUGAAAGUCAGAUAUUUUGACAUAAAACAUGACAUUAUUAGUUUUUUUUAAGUACAGGUUCCAUAUAAAAAUUAUAGCAGUGGCCAAGCAAACUUUUGCAAAUGCCUUCACUGUAUUAGUUUGCUAGGGUGCCAUAACAAAGUACCACAGACUGGGUGGCUUAAACAGAAAUUUAUUUCCUCACAGUUCUGGAGGCUAGAAGUCUGAGAUCAUAGUAUGGUUUCUUCUGAGAUCGCUCUCUUGGCUGGUAGAUGGUCAUCUUCUCCCCGUUUUUACAUGGUUUUCUCUCUGUACUUGUCCCGUGUCCAAAUUUCCUCUUCUUACAAGGACACAAGUCAUAUUGGAUUAGGGCCUACCCUAAUGACCUCAUUUUACCCUAAUUACCUCUGUAAACACCCUGUCUCCAAAUAUGGUCACAUUCUGAGAUACUAGGGCUUAGGACCUUGUAAUAGUCUGAAUGUUUGUUGUCUCCCACCCCCAUUCCCAAAACAUGUUGAAACUUAAUGACCAGUGUGCUGGUAUGAGGAGGUGGGGCUUCUGGGUCAUGCUUAGGUCAUGAGGAUGGAGCUUUCAUGAAGGGGAUUAGUGCUCUUACAAAAGUGACCCCACAGAGAUCCCUCACCCUUUCUGUCACGUGAGGUAACAGUAAAAAGAUACAAUCUUCAAACGAGGAAAAGGGCCUUUAGACACUGAAUCUGCCAGCACCUUGAUCUUGGACUUCCUAACCUCCAGAACUGAGAAAUAAAUUUCUGUUGUUUAUAACUACCCAGGCUCUAGUAUUUUGUUAUGGCAGCCCAAAUAGACUAAGACAGACUUCAUCAUAUGAAUCUCGGGGGGCACAACUCGGCCCAUAACACCCACUAAGCAUCAUUCCCUAGCUAUUAAGUUGAAAUAAAUUAAUAAUAUAGAUUUAGCCUUUGGUGAGUUUUAGAUGUAAAUUUGACUCCAUCCUUAUCAAUUAAUUGUUGAAUACUUAGUUGCAUGAUGCUCAACUCAAGUUUAACAUAGUAUAGUGGGUGAGAGCAUUAAAUUGGAAUCCUUGCUGUGCAACCAACUGAUGAUGUGACUUUUGGCAAGUUAUUUAUCCUUUCUUAGGUCUUUUGCCUCAUCUUUAUAAUAGGAAUCGUAAUACCUACCUUAUUGGACUAUUAUAAGGAUUAAAUGAGAUGGAUAUGUCAUUUAAACUAAGUGCUUAGUUAAUGUCAGCUACUAUUAAUUCUUGUUGGCAGUCCAAAGGCAGAAGGCGCUGAAUUGUGACUAAAGAUAUAAGCAAAAACAGAUGUGACAUUUAAAAAAUGUAAAACAAUGCCAUUCUUUUCAGUAAAUUAGUUUUUGGUUUGGAAAAUAGUUUUUUAAUAAAAGUAAU